AUGAGAAUGGAGAAGAGCUCUGAAGAACUCUCCUCAUGCGAUGAUCAUUUUCUGCUGAAAAGAGGGGAGUAGCUGAGGGCUCUGAUGUGAGUGAAGUAGGAAGUUCUUUCCUGCAGUUGCAGGCACAGAGCAGGGGAGUUUGCUCUAAGCUCCGAGUUCUCUGUGAAAGGCUUUGAAGAAAUAAUUUCUUUGGAACAAUUUGUUGAGGAGCAUUUAUAUUUGAAAAGCCAUGGAUCCCUUGUACAGAAAGUGUUUUGUGAGUGACAGAAGUAUUUUACCCAGAUAGAAUCUCUGUUCUCCAGUCUCUAGAAAACCCCAGGAACAAACUCCAUCAGCUAAGAAACUCAGCAACUGCAAGAGGAACUGACAGAGUCCAUGGCUGGAGAAAGAAAACUGUCUCAGUUUGUGUGAUCAGAAGAGAAGAGUCUCUAAGAUGACGGAGCCCCCCUCCAGUGCAAGGUCACAGAGAUUCCUCUACUUAGGACAAGAGCAGAGCUGUGACUUCAGGGAGAAUUGGCACUAUCCACGGAAACUAGAUCUUCCUGUACCUCACCUGUGUGUUAUUUAUGAUAAGGGGAAUGAAGGAGACCAGGAAAUGGUGGCCUCGCUCCGUAGGUUCGGCUUUAUGAUGCCGGUGACGUUUGAAGAGGUGGCUGUGUACUUCUCUGUAGCGGAGUGGGCUAUUUUGGAUGAAAAGCAGAGGCAACUCUACAGGGAUGUCAUGCAGGAGAACUAUGAGACUCUCCUCUCAUUAGGAUUUCCAGUCCCGAAACCAGAGGUGCUAUCCCGAAUGGAACAAGGAGAAGAGCCAUGGAUCCCAGAUCUCCAGCGUUCUGAGGAAAGGGAAAUCCUGAGAGACAUAAGCACUGGUACUUGGACAGCAAGUGUAAUCAAGGAGGAAAGUUGCCAGCAGGAAGGGGCUGUGGGAGUGAAUCUGCACAGGCUGUUCUUAGGAAGACCACCCUACUCUGACAGGGCAGAUGCCAGCAAGAGCCACGGCAGGGAGGGACAACAGAGGGGAAACCUUCCAGGCAGGAGUUCAUCCAUUCACAGGAAAAGAGGUUUGAGGAAAUCCAAAGACAUCAGCUCCCAAGUAACCAUUGUGGGGAAGACACCAAAUACUGUCAAUGAACAGGGGGAAGGUUUCAGUAACAGCUCGCUCCUUAUUCAAAACUGUCAACUAAUCAGUGCCAAAAAGCAUGCUGUCAGGUGUAGUGAGUGUGGCAAAAGCUUCUCUCGACAAGAAUACCUUCAGAUACAUCUGAAAAUUCAUAGAGCGGAGAGACUCUAUAAAUGUAGUGAAUGCAGGAAAAGCUUCAGACACAAGACAAGCCUCGUUCUACACCGUUACACAGUGCACAAGUUGGGGAUGCCCCGUAAGUGUCAAGUGUGCGGCCAGCUCUUUAUCCUGAGAGAGAGACUUAUUCAGCAUCAAAGAACCCACUCAAAAGAGGCUCACAUAUUGUUCAGAGAUGGGAUCGUUAAUGGGAACAGAGAUGAGAUACCCCAGAAUAAAGGAUGUGCAAGGGCAAAGCCAGACAUGGUGGUGUCAGGGAGACGCCAGUACCCUGAGUGGGGAGAUGCUAGUGAAAAUACAGGCAAGGUGAAACAAGAGCACACUGAUCCCCCAGACUGGAGACAAAGUAAAUCCACUUCAAGCAAAACAGGCUUCACAAACUCUGAAGACACCAGCACACAGCAUAGAGACUGCAUGGGAGAGAGACUGAAUACAGGCACUGAACUUGGGAAAAGUUUCAGUAACAGCUCUCUCCUUAUUAAGCAUCAUCAAACUGAGACCAUAUAA